GUUUUCAACUACUUAAAAUCGAGAACGUUUUAAGAUCCUUAAGCGACGUCGUUUCUCUUUUCAAAGCUUAAAACUACGUCGUUUACUCUCUGUCUCUGAUGUAUCUUCUUCUCCUUCCUCAGCCACAGAACAAGCUUUGAUUCAUCAUUUCUGCGAAAAGAACAGAGCUUUGGCUUGGUUUCGUGUCUUAGGUACUGGUUCUUACGUAGCUUAUGUUCUUUGUUUAAGGAAAUUUAGGGGUUGUUUGCUUAGACUUGAAGUGGGUAUUACUAAAGUUGUCAACUUUUUGUUGAAUAGGAAAUGGUUUCUCAGAUUUCGUCUGAAUUAUGCUAAAAGAUCAAGUUCUCUCUGCUCGGUGUUGAAAUUGGAGGUGUUAGAGAUUGCUGCGUUUAGCUCUUCACUGUAUUAUCAUGGGAGCUGUCUGGUUGAGUCAUGUCUCUCAAUUGGUUUGUGGAUGUUAUUUAAUUGAGCAGAGCUCUUGUGUUUUGAGAACUUUUCAUUGGUCUUUGAGUCACUCAUUGAACUUUACAUUGACCAUGAAGCCUAAACGAAGGCGUCUAGGUGUAAAAAUGGAGUCUUUUUCUUUGGCAACACCAAACAUGUGUUUCAGGAAGGUGAGUAGUGAAUUAGACAGUUCUUUCAACGGUGAAAAUGUGGUUUGUGGUUUGGAACUGGAGGAGAAGACUGCAGGGGAUAGGAAUAGGAUACAUUUUCUAGAGGAGCGGAACGAAGAAACUUUAUCGAAGAGGCUUCGGAAACUUAGCAGGUUGGAUAAAGUCAGAAGCGCAUUGGAGUUGUUUGAUUCUAUGAGAUUCUUGGGUUUACAACCUAAUGCUCAUGCCUGUAACUCUUUUCUCUCGUGCCUCUUGAGGAAUGGAGAUAUUCAGAAAGCUUUUACCGUCUUUGAGUUCAUGAGGAAAAAGGAGAAUGUUACAGGGCACACGUAUAGUUUGAUGUUGAAAGCUGUUGCAGAAGUUAAGGGUUGCGAGUCUGCAUUAAGAAUGUUUAGAGAACUAGAAAGGGAGCCGAAACGUAGGAGUUGUUUUGAUGUGGUUCUAUAUAAUACUGCGAUUUCUCUAUGUGGACGGAUAAAUAAUGUGUAUGAGACAGAGAGAAUAUGGAGAGUUAUGAAAGGUGAUGGUCAUAUUGGAACAGAGAUUACAUAUUCUCUGCUUGUUAGCAUUUUUGUUCGGUGUGGGAGAAGUGAAUUGGCCCUUGAUGUGUAUGAUGAGAUGGUUAACAACAAGAUAUCUCUGAGAGAGGAUGCAAUGUAUGCGAUGAUAAGUGCGUGUACAAAGGAGGAAAAAUGGGAUUUGGCCUUAAAGAUAUUUCAGAGUAUGUUAAAGAAAGGGAUGAAGCCUAAUCUUGUAGCUUGCAAUACUUUGAUAAACUCGCUGGGAAAGGCGGGUAAAGUCGGAUUGGUGUUUAAGGUUUACAGUGUUUUAAAAUCCUUGGGGCAUAAACCAGACGAGUACACGUGGAAUGCGCUGCUCACGGCUUUAUACAAAGCAAACCGAUAUGAAGAUGUUCUUCAGCUGUUUGAUAUGAUAAGAAGCGAAAACCUGUGUUGUCUAAAUGAAUAUUUGUACAACACAGCUAUGGUGUCAUGCCAAAAGCUUGGUUAUUGGGAGAAAGCUGUGAAGCUUUUGUAUGAAAUGGAAGGUUCGGGUUUAACAGUUUCAACUUCAUCAUAUAAUCUAGUGAUAAGCGCUUGCGAAAAAUCAAGAAAAUCGAAAGUUGCAUUGCUAGUAUAUGAGCACAUGGCUCAAAGGGAUUGUAAGCCAAACACGUUUACUUAUCUUUCGCUUGUAAGGAGUUGUAUUUGGGGUUCCCUUUGGGACGAGGUUGAAGAUAUCCUUAAGAAAGUGGAACCCGAUGUAUCGCUUUACAAUGCAGCUAUACAUGGGAUGUGUUUGAGACGCGAGUUCAAGUUUGCAAAAGAGCUGUAUGUCAAAAUGAGAGAGAUGGGUUUAGAACCGGAUGGCAAAACCCGAGCUAUGAUGUUACAGAAUUUGAAGAAACACCAAAAAUAAGGUUAUAAUUGUACGUUAUCUACUCAUACUUAUUUGCAUUUGCCAACUGCCAAGUAUCAUAAGUCAAAAUUCACUAAAACAAUUGGUCUGUAAUUAGGCAUUGUAUGCAUACUCACUGUGAUGAAUGUUCUGGUGAUGGUGAUGUUUGUUUGAUAAAUGAGGUUGUGGACAUAGAUCAAAGGUUUUGGCGAUGACAUAGCUCGUGCCCAGUUUCUAACAUUGGAUACAGAUGUUUGGAUCCAUAGAUAUAAGGCUGCUGCCCCGGCACUACACUAGAAAGCUAGAUCUCAUUCUCAGGCAGUGAGGUUUGUGUGCUGAUAAUUUUGUCCUCCCGUCAUGGCACGCUCAAGUAGCGAUUUUGAAACACUAGAAAACAGAAUGUGAACUGAAUCAGUGUAAAACUGUAAAAGAAAACAUGAAUCUGUCUUUCUUUUGAAAGGAUGUUUUGUUCAAGAAACAGAUGAUAACUUUUGUCACAAGCAAAUCAAGUUUAAUUUAAG